AUGUCGAUGGCCCAUGUUGCACCGCGGCCAGUUUUGAGUUAUGGCUUCGGGGCUGUAAGGUCGCCAUUGUCGAAUGGCAAUGUCAUUCGCCACACUAAGGCAACUUUUUCAGAGACCUGCGCAACUCAGAGAGCAGCUUUGCGAGAGAAAAAAGCACUAUUUGCAGCUCUCAGCAGACUGGACGACACGGGGGCUCACCUCAACCGGAAUGCUCGGGCACAAUCCCUCAUAGCGGCUUGCAUGAACGCCCCUCACAUCCGACCUCUCAUAGAUUCAAUCGGUGAGGCAACUGCCAGAGAACUGGCCCGUCACUGGAUCAGGUGCAAUCGGGCGCUACGAAAAGCAAAACCUCCACCGCUGCCAGAGUGUAGCAUUUCUAGCGACACUUCGAGCGAACUAUGUAUCGGGAAAGAUGUGACAACGAACGAGUUGAUGGAAGCCAAUCCAGCCUUGAUCGAGCCCGCGAACGAUGAUUCAAUAGAAGUCAACUCGGUCUUUACUGAGUCAGCGAACGACAAUGUGAUGAAGAAAGGGCCUUCAGAAGUUACAUCGCUUCCAACAGAUGCUAAUGUGGCGUCAAAAGCGUCGUCCUCGAACAGGAAAGCUAAAGUGGAGCUCACACCGCUACAGAGGUUUUUAACCUCUGAUUCUACUGAUCUCGUACUGAAGUCCAGCGCUCGCAUCACCAUGAGAGACUCACCGUCUCUACCCGAACAAGAUGCUCGAACAUCACGUUUCUCUUCAAGGUCAGCGUCUCGAGAAAAAGCUCUUUUGGAGUCUCUCCCCUCGUACAACUGUCGAGCAGUGCAGAUUCGCUUGCUUCGUCGACUUCAAGAAACUUUGGAGCUCUCCUUCUACAAAUAUGCACAGAAGCACGUCCCGGACAUUUUGAAAUCUAAGGGUUGGACGUGUCCUGAGGCCGUUGAGCUCCAUCAAUGGGCUCAUCAUUUUAUCGGCCGGCCCGACCUGUUUGCUGAACAACAUCGCGAGCGUUGGACGGUUUCAGGUUGGGCGACGAUGUUUCAAGAUAUGACACGACUCCGACAUGCGGCCGUGCAUCGAUCUCAAAUGUCCAUGGACGAACUACACGCACAUGCGUCCGGAGCGGAAUCAGUCUUCGAGCUUCUGGGUGAUCAGGCUGCAAGACACGACGCAUACGUGAUCACAAGCGAAAUUGCAGCAGCCUCCUCCCGAAUUCAGUCAAAGAAGGAGCUGUAUGCAAAAGAUCUGAGGACAUUGGAGAACGAGUUUGACCAAAAGGCUGAUGAACUUGGUCAGCUCGAGAGAGCAAUGGAGGAAGAUUUUCAACGCAAGAGGGCAGAGCUUGAUCGGCUUGAGAAAGUAGCACAUGAUGAUUACCAACAGAGGAAGAAAACCCUCCAUCAGCUCGAGGAAGCAGCAUGCGAAGCUAUCAUGGCACGGAGCAAGGCCUACGAGGACUCAGUAGCUACUGUGCUGGAAAAUAAUAUUGCAAAGAUCCCAGCAAAACUAUCCACGGCAUCAGAUUCAUUGGUAGGGCAAGAGCUGAACGCGGCUGAUUCUCACCAUGCUGGGUUGUUGUCUGCAGACGGAUCUACAAACCAGACACCGGAAGCCACAGCUCCGAGCGCAGGUCACGACUCUUUUGUAAAAGGCUCUUCGUCAAAUGAAAAUUCCAAUGGAAGCACUGUGGACCACUUGGUAUUAGGACAGCAGGAUAGAGAGGCCGAAGCCCGACGACUUCUCCGGAAUCUUCUUGAGAAUUACGACCAUUACCGCGAUGCCAGCAAUGCUCCCACCACAUCACCCGCCUCCAUUACAUCAAAUAUUAUGUCAGAGGCAUCAUCAUCAUCAUCAUCAUCUACUGACCUUUCUACUGCCAUAAACGAAGCGUUGGAAAAACUUAAUGCGCCAAGCCGAGGAGUAUUAUCAAGAAAGUCCGAGGACGCCCCUCGAACAAACUUCGAAAUCUCCGUCGGGACUGGUCUUGCGAGAGGCGUUCAUUCUUUACGAAAUGAAGAUGCUGAUCCGGAAAACCAGUCGGUGGCGCCAGCUGAAGUCAUGACGGCAUCAAGACACAAGAGGGCUCGGGGCAGACGAUCUCUUCGACAGCAACGCCCGCAUCAGCAGAAGCAAAAUGAAGAGACUGCUGAGGGCGUCAAUUCCAAUGGUGCUGUGGCCAUUGUUCCUCCUACUGUACCUCUACCAAGCGAUGCCACCGCCGAUCGAUCCAAAGUCCUGAUGUCGCAAGCUACUGAAUUAGACGACGAGCCUGUGGCUACUGGACGCAUCGGGCGGCUGGAUGUUUCCCUACCAGUCCGCUCUAUGGUGCAUGGGAGUGAAAUUUCGUCAAGCGCAGAAUCGGUUCAAAGACCAUUGGAAUUACCAAUGCAGACUGCAACUUCAACCGGAGUUCAAACGCCUGUUUACUCGGAUAUAACCGGCUCCGCUAAAACGACUGGGCGGGCACUUGCACAAACGCCGGGUGAGCACCAAGACCGAUGGAGUGAACAUAAGAGCUGGAGUGAUUCAGCACCCCCUGCGCUCCAAACUCUUCUCGGUGGUGUGUCCACGAAAGACAUGCUUGCUACGGUUGACGUCCAAGGACUCUCGGCUGUGGAAUUGAAGCAGAUAUCCCGAGAUUAUUCGAUCUCUUCGCCGCAGACUCCGCCAACGUCGUCACCGAAAAAGUCGACUUCGGCGAAAACCCGAAGGCACCUUGAGCUGGAGAUGGUGAAGUUGGUAGCAGAAGAUGGUCGAAGAUGUGGGGGGUCGAUAAUGCACAUGAUUGGGAUAAGUCUCAAGACCGGAUCACCCACCAACGUUGUCUCUACCAGGUCCAAGCGAAUAAGGGAAUUGGCUGGACUCGCGAUGAUCGGCAAAGAUAAUUUGCUGGGUGCUUCGUGGGACAAUGUCUGUCAGGCGGUGAUCAAACAGGAGCACAUCAAGAAACGUGGAUACAGUAACUUUGAGAUCAAAGCGGCAGAAGUUCUAGUCAACGAGCCAAGCCAUCGACGAGCUCUUCAGCAGUAUGAGAUAGAAUCAGCCUUGGCGCGAGUUACGCAAUGGCGAGCUCUUGUGCGAGCUGGAUUCGACGAGUGGCUCAACAAGCUUGGUUGCACAGAUCCCACCAUCCUGUCUGUGGUACAAGGCUCAGGCAUAUUCGAAGACUCUCAAGUCGAAGCCAAAUGCCCUCUACAUGCGAAUGUUGCCGAUCGUGUUCGAGAUCUCGCAUUCCGUGUGCGAAUGCCCUGGAUGUUCACCCUCAGUCUACCAGCUCAUCGCACUCUCAAUCUUGUGCCCUCUGUGAUUAGUCAUAGUCGCCAGGGGUCGAGACGCCACGUGAUCCGAGAAUUUGUCAACAAGCUGAAAGAAAAGGGACUGUCUUUUGCAUUGAAGUUCCCGUUAAGCCGUUACGGCCACGAAUUUUGGCCUCUCAAUUUAAUCAAAAUGAUAAGGGGCCGACGUAAGGGCGAAGCUGAGUUUCCGGAGGAUGAGCAGGUUACUGCGUUCAUCGAGGCUUACCUAGAACGCGACCGAUUACAGGGGAUCUUUAAGAGCAUCGCGUGGUCACUGCGACGCAACUUUCCGAUGGUGGACUUGCCAUUCGGCAUUCAAGACGGGUGCAAUCUAGACCUCGGUGGAAAAGCCGACGUAAGUCAGCUCCAUGACUCUGUGAAAGAGUUUCCCCCACCGUCUACGCCAGCCACAACUUCGAUCUCUGUAACAUCCUCGGCACUCAUGGAAUUCUCAACGUCUUGGCUGCAGAAUCGACAGUCAACCGCUGGAGAGGGCGAUUUGGAGGGCCAAGAAGGGGAAAGCAACAUGACUGCUGGCACACAAAAUGUCCAGCCGGCUCAACCAGCGUUUGCUGAAGAGGCCCCAUCACCUGUUCUGCUUUCAGCUCCUGAACUUACUUCUCCUGCCAUUGGGCUUGGAGACGACACGAUUGUAAGCCUGGAGAGCUUCGAUGAGCACCAGUGGGCUAAAACAGAGAUUGAACUUAAGAAAACAGCUCUGCAUCUGCGGCAGGAAAACAACUUAGUUGGUUUCACGGGCAAUUGGCUAACCACCAAUGUCGGACAAUCGAGGGCUGAGAGCCAGGAAUCUUACAAUGCGACCGUCCUAGAGUUCUAUCGCGAACAUGCCAUUGUCAGGGGCGCACCACGUUCGUGGCUCAAGAAAGCUGACGCCCUAACAUUCCAGAAAUAUCUAGCUUGUGCCAUGAGCUUGUUGAAGCGCAUUGAGAUUCAAUUCCAUCAUCGCCGGAAGCAAAAACAGUUCAAAAAAGAGAUGAAAGCUUUAGUACCAGCUCGUUUGGACAUUGCUCAAGGGGAUGCAAAGCCCACUACGCACUCUAUGCCAUACUCGACUACCAGGUACGAAAUUGGUUUACCCAGCUUCCGGUUCUUGCAGUCUGAGCGGCACCAAGAGCAGUCGGUACCGGAUCCAAAGGCGUUACACAUCAUGCCUCUCAAGCUUCAUCGGGAGAACUCGCUGACGCUCGACGAUAACCAAACCGUAACGAGAAACAAUAGUUCCUCUGUAGACGAAGUCACAACUGAUUCUGCAAUAAUUUCUGGAGACCCCGUCGGCAUUUCUGACGUCGAAGCUCACUCGCUUACACCUAGCAAUGUUCAAACCGUGACGGGCGACGAGUGUUCUUUUAACAACGAAGUCGCAGCCGUUUCUUCAACACAUUCGGGAAACUACGUCGACAACUCCGAAAUCAAAACUAAAUCGCCAACGCCUGACGAUGCUCAAACCAUGACGAGCGAUGAGACUUCUACUACAGAGGAAGUUGGAGGCGUUGCUGCAACAGAUUUGGGAGAUCACGUCGACAAUUCUAGCAUCGAAGCUACUUCCGAGCUUGCUGGAGUGAACCAGAUACUUCCGAAGACCGACACGAUGAGUAACACAACACAUCUACUAAAUACCCAAUCGACAACUGUAGUUUAG